AUGUAAGAUAGUGAAGCUAAUAAAUUAUCCUAAAAUCAAGAGAAAGCUAAACUAUAUAAAAGGAGAUGGGUUGUCUUGAUUUUAUUCACUUUGGCUGUGUUUAUGAAUAGCUUACCAGGUGAAAUUUAUGUUCCUGCUUCAAAUGAGACUUAACUAAUUUAUUCAGAAAGUGAAACCAUGAUUACUUUAGCUUAAACUAGUUAUGUAAUUAUGCAUCCAAUUUUAUCAAUUCCUUGUUCUUAGUGUAAAAAUUACAAACUAAAUAAUUAUUAGUUAUUGUGAAGUAUGGAUGGGCAAAGGCAACAAAUAUAGGUGUAGCAUUGACUAUAGGAGGAAGUUUAAUCAAAUUACUUGUUAAUUAGACAGGGUAAAUAUAUUAUAGAAUCAUAUAGAUUUUUUAUUAUAGUUGUUGGAUAAACAUUAAUUGGAGCAGGAAAGCCUUUUAUUUUAAAUGCUCAAGCAUCUAUGGCAUAAAAUUGGUUUUAUCCAGAAUCAAGACCAUCAAUUAUCAUAGCUUUAAAUGUUCUUAAUUUAAUAUCUAAUGUCGUAACUUUAAUGAUACCUGGAAAAUGGAUUUUUAGAAACUAUGACUUUUAAGACACUGAAGAAUCAAUUGAAGAGGGAAAAGAAUUAGUCAAUAAAUUAAAUUUAGUUUGUCUUUAUAUGACACUGACAUUGAUCCCUUGUUUUUUUUUCUUGAGAAGUGCUGCUCCUACACCACCAUCUGCACUAGUCUAAAAAGAAGACAAAAAAUCAAAUAUAAAGAAAACUAUUCUUAAAAUAUUGUCUAAUCACAAUUUCUAAUGUUGUUUACUGGCAUAUUCAGUUUACUUAGGAUUAGUUAAAUGCUUAGUUUUGAUCUUACCUUAUUUAAUUAAGCCUGCAGGUUAUGGAAAAGGUGAAGUAUCCAUAGCAGGAUCAAUAGCAAUGGCUUCUGCUGCAAUUAGUUAAUCUACAUUAGCUGCUUUUAUAUAGAAAUUUAAAAAUGUAAAAACCUAACUUAUUAAAAUCCUAAUGAUAAUAUCAACAGGUUCUUUAGGUUUAUUCUACUUUUCUUUAGUAAAUGGCAAUUUAAUUUUUAUCUACUUUGCAAUUGGACUUGUAGGAUUCUUCAUUAUGCCUAUUGCACCUGUUUUGAUGGAUAUCAGUUGUGAUGUUGUUUUCCCAAUAAGUCCAAGCUAUGCUAUUGGGAUAAUGUAUAUAGGAUCAUAAUUAUUGCUUGUUAUUUUCACUUAAGCUGAAGCUGUUUUGGUUGGUGGUGCAAAAAGUACUAUGACUAGAGUGACAAUUACAUUAAUUUUAGAUAUGGGUUUAUAAUUGCUUGGUUUAUUUUUAUUCUCAUUUAUCAGAAUUAAUAGAGGAGGAGUUACUUAAUCUACUGUAUAUAUAUUAUAUAAUUCAUAGCAUACUAUAGCUCCUGCUGAUGUAUAAGAAUCUUUAGUCCAAGGAAGAUCUUUAUUUGAAAAAGGAUAAGCAUUCGCUUCAUCCUAUGUUGGAAGUUCAUUUUUUAAUGCUCAAUCAGCUAUUGCCUUUGUUGGAACUACUCCAACUGCACCUUAUACUGAUUAUUAAAAAGAUUAAAAGUCAGGUAUAUUUACUUCAGAGAUAGUUUAAUGGCAAAAUAAUGAAGUUCAUCAACAAGAAUAGUAAUGA